AUGCUCCUGCAGGAACAGACUUACAUGGUAUGGCGAACUGGCAAGGUGCUCAGUCUGACCAGCUUCGAUAUCAAAGGCGCGUACAACGGGGUCUGCAAAGAGCGAGUGCUGGAGAGGAUGAAGCGAGGGGGAUACCAGAUAGACUGGUGGAUUGGAGGGAUGCGUUCUGCUCCGGGACGGACGGCCUCAGUGGUAGUGAGCGGGCACACGUCCGAGCAACGAGUCUUGCCCCAAGCAGGUCUGCCGCAAGGAUCACCAUUGUCGCCAAUUGCGUUGCUGUUCUUCAACGCAGACUUGGUGCAGAGACGCAUCAAUGCCAAAGGCGGCGUGAGGGCGUUGGUGGACGACUACUCACUCAGCCUCGAGGGCAUCCAAUCAAUCAUUGCCGAAGCGCUCCAGUGGGAAAGAUGCAGCGGCGCAACGUUUGAAGCGGACAAAACGACUGUCAUUCACUUCACAAGAGCAAUGGAGCGCACCUGCGACACACCGUUCAUGACCAAAGGACAAGAGGUCAUACCGAAGAGCAGCGUGAAACUACUAGGGGUGGUCAUGGGCACAAAGCCGAUCGGCCUGCGGACGCUCCCCAAGACGCAUCCUCUGGCAUCAUCAAAGGUCAAAGCGAGCAAGCGACUCGUCUCGUCGAUGCGAAGGAUUGCCUCGAUGAUCGCGGAGUCAGACACAGAGCGAAUGGAGAUCAUCCACGAGUACUCUCUGGCACCACGGAACGACCGCGUCGUGGGCGAGCGGGAUCAGAUACAGGUGGUCAAGCCAAACGACGUGGAAGAGGAAGGAGGUGUCGUUCACGACACUAGCCUCAACAGCACGAGCGAGGUGCUGGCCAGCUACUCGGUCACCCUCGGAUCGAGGGAUGAGCAGAACCCGUACAUAGCAGAAAUCGCGGCAGUGGCAAUGGCGCUGGCCAGCUGGACUGCGUCACCGAGAUUUGACGAUCAUGACGAGCAACUGCUCGGUAUUGGAGGUAAUCAGGCGGGCACGCCAACAGUCUGGCCAGUGCACAAUCCUACAGAUAUACGACCGCAUCGAUGCAACAGAGUCCGGGUGGGCGAAAAAUAUGCCUGUCAAACGAUUGUCUACAUCUUUUCGAACCCGGCACCAGAAGCCCUCAUUAUGCAGCUGACCAACCAGUGUUUGGAUGCUGCUCUGGCCUUGAUGAGCUCCCACGUCAAGGCAUAUCAGCACCAUGGAGAGCUCCUGCUAGGCCUGUACCUGUACGACUACGUAUCGCUCGUCAGACUCAAACGCGAUAGCAACGACGGGAGUUGUGCAGGUUGGGGAGGCCCUGUCGAGGAUGGGCGACCGCCAGGAAGACGUUGGGUUCAGGUGCUCAGGCGGCCGGGAAAGCAGGCCACCUUCUUCCUGUGCGAAGAAAUGGGCGACAUCAACAGCAUCCGGGCGCGGGCGCGAAAGGCGCUGGCUCCGAGAAUAGGAUGUCUCAUCAAUAACGUGCAACUGCUUCGACGACCAGCCGAGGACGCAGAACGCGACGCCAAGCGAUGGGCAUCCUCCUCCGGAGAUGGCCAUCCGACGGUCGGACACGUGGGGACGGACGAUGCGGGCGCAGAAUCUACAGUGAUGUAUCAGUCUAACAGCAUCGGAAACGCAACGCGGCUGAUCGACGUUGUCCGAGGUGCAGUGGACUCGAAUUAG